UAGGGGGGCCGGGCUCAGUCUAGAGAUAGGGUAAGGAGAUGAGUGUCCUCUGUAGGGGGGGCUGGCUCAGCCUUAGAGAGGGUAAGGAGAUGAGUGUCCUCUAUAGGGGGGCUGGGCUCAGUCUAGAGAUAGGGUAAGGAGAUGAGUUUCCUCCUGUAGGGGGGGCUGGCUCAGCCUUAGAGAGGGUAAGGAGAUGAGUGUCCUCUGUAGGGGGGGCUGGCUCAGCCUUAGAGAGGGUAAGGAGAUCAGUGUCCUCUAUAGGGGGGCUGGGCUCAGUCUAGAGAUAGGGUAAGGAGAUGAGUUUCCUCCUGUAGGGGGGGCUGGCUCAGCCUUAGAGAGGGUAAGGAGAUGAGUGUCCUCUGUAGGGGGGGCUGGCUCAGUCUAGAGAUAGGGUAAGGAGCUCGGACAUCAGGAUGGAAGUUGGAGUUGAGGCGCUACUCCUUCGUGUCGAAAGGAGUCGGCUGAGGCCCCGGGGAAGACCCAGAACCUGCUGGAGGGAUUCUAUCUGUAUCGACAUCUUCGCUAAGGCAGACGAGCCUCAUCUGGUUCCAUUCUUUUUUUUCUGAACAUGUUGCUUAUGUUGUCAGCAGGUGCCUCCCUCUUGGCAUGCGCGCAACCAUGCUGAAGAGAUCGCAGUAAAAUAAAAACGCUAAAUGGCAACAAAUUGAAGCAGAAUAUUUAUUUGGUAAUGAUUACUUCUACCCUUCACUGCGUUUGUUUGCCAGUUAUUAAUGCAAAUUAUUUCAGCGUCAUGAACAAAUCUUCAAACUAUUCAGUGCAGCUCUAGUAACUGCCCAUGAAGUACACACACACAAACACAAACCACCUGUUUGCUGGCUGCGUUUAAUGUAUUCCGAAAGGCAUUUCCUCCAGGGUAACAAACCAAGAAGACUUUGUCCACUGCUGGUGUUUCCCAGGCCAACACCCUUCACUCAGUGCUCUCUCAGCAGCAGCAGCCAGGAGGCUGUGAGAGAAGUGCCUGACCACUAGACCGUCAGACUGCAUCUAUGUCUGUUGCUUGUCCUCACGCAAAUAAAAAGGGAGACAUUAAGCUGCUGGCCUGCUGCUUAGCACCACAAGCAAAAUAACUGUAAUGUAUGUUGAGGAUUUCACCUAUGAAGUGCUUCUGUCAAGAAAUCUGUUCAUGAGAUCCUGCAGAACCUGUUGAAUAUUGAAAAUAUAGGCACACUCAAUCCAAUGCCAUUAAAAAGAUAUAUAAAAACAACACUGAUUUAGGUUAUAAUGUACAAAUGGUUAUUAUACAAUGUACAAAUCUCUGUUGUGUCCACUGGCUAGCUAGUUGCCGGCGCUCUGCACUGCGCUCGUGGCGGUUACCACCGCUGAAUUUUGCCCCUUUUUUUGUGAAUUUUUAAUCCAGUUCUGGACAAAAGCGUCAUGUCAAUGUUGUUAUUUUAAAGAUUGUGUCAUAACCAAUGUUGCACUAGUGUUUUGAGGCUGUAUAAUUUGUACAUUCACAGACUAGCUUCAUAUGAUGUAAAUGGAUGUGCUCAUACACCUGAUUGGAAAGCUGAUUGUGCAGUUUUUGAUCCGUGUUCCAAAUGUUUCUUUUCUCCAUACAAUGUAAAAACUGUGAUAACUAGUCUUACAUGAUUUUUGACUUUCAAAAUAGUUUUAAAAUGUAUAGGAAAGGGUAAGAAAAGGAAAGAAACUGUUUUAUGAUUCUUUGCUGCUUUUAUUUGGGGUUAUAUCCCAAACACAAUGUGUGAGUAAGUGUCCAGCAGUGUGUUUGGAGGUGAUUUUAAGUGGUACUGAGUUGACUGACUGGUUCCUCGGGCGGGGUGUGUUUGUGCGGUUGCCGUGGCGCCGUAAUCUGCGUGGUUGCAGAAGGUCCCUCUGCUCUACGUCCAGUCGUCUGGAAGAUGCCCCGUCAGCUCAGCGGAGCGUGGAUCUUGUUUUGUUUACUGCGGCAGACCAUAUCUCUUCCUGUGGCUCCACGGACGGAUAGGCCCAAAUAACGUCGGGGGCCUCGGUCCAGCCGUUUAUUUGCGUAGUGCUCAACUUGUGUUAUGUGAUGUACGUGUCUAAACAAGGUGGGCUGCUUAGGGCCGACUACGUUAUAAACUGGGUUGAUCUACAGUGCUGGUGUGGUUUUAUGACCGCCGCACUAUGCUACUUCAAUAGUCACCAGGAUUUAAGGAUCUUUUAUUGUCAUUACGCAACACAAUUCAGUUGUAGCCCGUUUGUGACAGAUGUAAACACAGUCUACCUCCUCUCGUCCCACCGUUGUCCCGCUGUCUGUCCCGAUGUCUGAACCAUGGAGCCAGAUAUCUCUGAAGGUGUGGGCUCAACAGUCACCGACCUCCCACAGCUUUCACCCAUCUUAUCUUUCUGCUACCAGCCAGCAGCAUAUGCCAUUAGUGAUAAACAAGAAAAUAACAAAUCAAGACAAUGUAGCAAAAUUCAUGGGAGCUACCGAUCGCAGCAUACAUGCGCCCCGGUUACCACUGACAUUCAGUAAUUUAAUGUACAGCAACAGCCAGCGCUACAGAGCUAACAGGAUCAUUUCAUUGGUCAACACGACACCUGUCAUUAUAUUGGCUGGUUGUUGGAGGUUGGCCCAGGCUGCUGUAGCGUUGAGGCUAAGGUCAGUGAUGUCAGAUGGGGAGAGCAGAGUCAUUCGCAAACGGCGACGGCGAAAAAGGCCAAGUUCAACAGCAGUUAAUCGUGUGUGUGUGUGUGUGUGUGUGUAUACCCACUCUUCGUGUGUUUGUUUUGGCUGUCCUCGGUGUGAAGUCAGCCAUGCCAGUUGAGCGUCUCUGCCAUGAGUCAUGUGUUUUUAAAGGGUGAAAAAAAUAAAACUCACUACCAGUUAGUCCUCUGCAGCCCGCGUUUUAUUUUUAGAGGCUGCUCAACCUGCUGCACUGGAAGUAGUCAUGUGACCUGCCAAAAGUCUUUCUUUCUCCAAUCGCUCCCCGUUUUGUCGUUCUUGUGAUCGCAGAUGUGUUCAAGCCCUUCCAAAUAUUACACGUGUUGUAUCCACGGAACACGUAAAUAACCUGUUUGCAUGUGGACACUAUGCUUGUUUCUAAGUAGAAGUAUCAUUUUGGAUGUCUCUUCAAAUCCUCCCAACAAGAGGUCGUGGUGGAGUACGAGUACGACGCGCUCCACGAGGACGAGCUGACCCUGCGGCCGGGCAACGUCAUCAAGAACGUGCGAUACAUCGAGGAGGACGGCUGGAUGGAGGGAGACCUGAACGGGAAAAGGGGCCUCUUCCCCGACAACUUUGUAAAGGAAGUGAAGAAGGAAUCCAAAGAGGUCAAGGAAACCAAGAGUGAGCCAAAAGAAGAGGCCUCCCAGCCUCUGAGGAGGGAGAAGAGUGCAGGGAACGUGGCCAACCUGGUCCAGAGGAUGAGCACCAUCGGCAUCCCGACCGGCGGCUUCCUGCCUCAACCACCAGCCGCUUCCAAGAAGCCCAAGAGGAGACAGUGCAAGGUCCUGUUUGACUAUCAGCCGCAGAACGAGGACGAGCUGGAGCUGAAGAUCGGAGACAUCGUAGACGUCAUCGAAGAGGUUGAGGAGGGCUGGUGGAACGGCAACUUCAACGGCAAGUCGGGACUGUUUCCCUCCAACUUUGUCAAAGAGCUGGACGCCACGGGAGAGGACGGAGACGCCAACGACGCGGCUGCAGACGAGACCGAUGGAAGUGGAAUGGAAGGCGCCGGCGCCCCCCCCGCGUCCCCGCAGCCCGCCUCAGGGAACGCAGUCAUCGCUCAGCCCAAGAAGGUCCGAGGCGUCGGCUUCGGAGACAUUUUCCGGGAAGGGUCGGUCAAGCUAAAGGUCCGGCUGCCGAGCCCCGAAACGGAGGAGAGGAAGGAGAGACCAAUCCCAUCAUUACCAUCCGCUGCAAAGCCCGCCCAUCCCAACAUGACAGACUCGCAGAGAGCAGACGGAGACGGCAAAGCCAAAGCAAAAGAGUACUGUAAGGUCAAGUUUGCUUUCGAGGCGACUAAUGAGGACGAGCUGACUUUCAAGGAGGGCGAUAUCCUCCACAUCCUUAGCAAGGACACAGGAGAGCCCGGCUGGUGGCGAGGGGAGAUCGGGGGCAGAGAUGGCGUCUUCCCGGACAACUUUGUAGACCUGGUGUCUGAAGCAGAGAAAGAGAUGCCCACGUCGAGAGGCUCGGUGAGAUCGUCUUCCAAGCAGGACUCAGAAGAGAAGCCGAAGAAGCCACCUCCACCGUCAAAGAGCAUAGCUCCCAGGCCGGAGGUUCCCAGCGCCGACAAGAAGCCUCACCCCGUCAGGCCCGAGGACCGAGUUGACAGGCCCGUGCCAGAUCACAGACCAUCCAAGCCCGCGGCGCCAGUGGUCCCGCCCAAGAAGCCGGUGCCCCCUCCCGGGAAAGGCAGGCCGGGAGGUUUCCUCCCGAAGAGGCCGGACAAGCCUCUCACUCCCUCGCCGAACCUCAAGCACAAUGGAGAGGGGCCUCCCGCACGACCAAAGUCCGACUUGGAGCCGUUAUUGCCCACCAAGCCCAAAACGCUGUCUGGGGACUGGGGGGAGAAGUCCUCGGAUAUGGAUCUGAUGAGUUUUGACGAGUUGUCGUCUACCUCGGAGAAGCUCUCUCACCCCACUGCUAACAGACCAAAGAUGCCUGGCAGGAGGCUGCCCGCCCAGUUUGGCGGAGGACAAUCGCCCACCAAGGAGCUGAGCGUGGAGAAGUCCUUCAGGUUCGAUGAGGAGGAUGCUGCUGCCAAACCAAAGCUGACUGAAACCAGAAAGCCUUCCACAAACUCCUUAUCCCAGUCACCGGCACCCCUCCGGCCCGCCGAGGCCAAGCCGAGCCCCGAGAGCAGCAGGGCCCGGCUGGAGCCCGACGAGGCCAACGCCCAGCUGGACGAGCUGCGCAGCCAGAUGAAGGAGCUGCUGAUGUCCGUGGAGCUGCUCAAGGCCCAGCAAAUGAAAGAGAUAGCGGAGCUACGAGGAGAGCUGGAUGAGGAGAGGCUGAAGCGUGUGGCUCUGCAGGUAACAUUGAUCGCCAUAGCAACACGCGCUGGGCUGUCGACAUGCGUCACUCAUUAGUUGAGCCCAGUAUUGAUAAGAAAAAGAAGAAAGGCAAUGACUGGAAUGCACAUUGAACGUAAUGCAAUGUGCCCACAGUGGUGAGAGUGAUUGACAGGUGGCCAAAGACACGGUAGCUUAGCAUUACACGCCCAGGGUGAGCGUCCCUGGUUCAGUGCUCACACCUUCCCUAACGGUGUCUUCGUAGCAAUCAUAGUUCUCAACCUUAUCACCUGACGAGUUGUCAUGGAAAUAUCUGGAUUUUUGUCUUCGUAAGUCGAACCAAGUUUCUUUUUCAACAAAUUUAUAAAAAAUAAAAAAAUCUAUGGAUAUAAAUCCAGCUUCCUUUUUAAUUUUGUGUGAGUCCCUCAAUUUCGGGCAUCUGCUGAUGACGAUCUUAUGAAGCCUUUGAACGCACCAGAAAAGAUUCUCUACCAGGUGUCCCCCUACGUCAAGAAUUAACUUGAAUAAAAUCCGAAUAAGACAUUUUUAUUCAGCAGUUGGUACAAGUAAACUAUCAGUAGUUCAAAUUAGAUCAUGUGUAAAAUAUGACCCAUUUUACAAAACCCUGAAGACAGUUGUAAGGUAGUAAAGCAACACUGUUACACCUUAACUAACCACGUUAGUGUUUCAUUACAGCUUCUGUUACAUUUAUCACAAGGAACCUCCAGACAAUGUUUUCGUUUAUAGUUUUUAAACAUUUUGAUGUAAGCCAGGUCAGCUAUGGAGUCACCUUCGUGGCCCCUGGAGAGUCUGCCGGGACCUGGCCAAUUAGACAGCGGUGGACACGAACCCCGGCCCCUUCCGGCAUCGCACCAAUACUAUGACAUCACAGGGGGAGGGAGCCCCCUGCUGAGAGCUCCAGGGACACACACACACACACAGCUGCAGAUUAGUCUCGCCCAUACGGUUAACUUCUACUGCCACAGAUGUGUAGGAAGAGAUGCCAACCAGGGAAAGACGAAGAGGAUGAAAACAAAGGAGAGAUUGACAUCAUGUCGGGGUUCCCCUUCCACAGGGAAUCAUCUUGAAUAUGAAGUGACAACCACAGAUGAUUAGACUAGCAUGAAGUAAAACUAAAUCCAUUCAUAUGGAUUUUGGUAUUUUUAUUUAUUUUUGUUUGGACAAAGCCACGCUAACUUUCCUCUCCUCGUUUCCGAUCUUCGUGCUAAGCUAAGCUAACGGUUUACCGUGUGUGUGUGUGUGUGUCAUUCUGUCCUCGCAGAUGGAGAUAGACAAACUCAAGCGGACUGUCCACUCAACGUGAAGCCAGCGUCCUGAUCUACGGCUUCGAGGUCGUCCUCCGGCCUGUCGGACUAACCGGGAGGGGGGGGGGGGGGGUGAACCACCUCGAGCACAAUCCUUCUUUUUUCUUUUCUCUUUUCUUCUCAGUGACAUACAGAAAUAAAUCUCCACAUAUCUGUAAGAUUUACACUUUUGCACAUAUAAAAACAUUAUUAAGCUGUAAUUAAGUUACAAAUGUAUGUUUUUUUCUUUCCCUAUUUUUUGUUUUUUUUCCUGUGUUUUUUUGCCAACAAAAGAAAAACAACAGAGGCCUUACUUUAACUCUCCCCAUCACUCCAUGUUCCUUGAACCCCUCAGGGAGGAGGUUCGCUCUCAGUACUACUGACUAAAGCAGGGGAGCACUUGUUUUCCUCGCCUUCUUUUUCUUUUUUUAAUGAUGCACAAAUUGAAAAGAAUAUGUUUGAAUCAGUUAGCAUCUUCUGACUCAUCAUAGUGAAUGAUUUCUUUCCUCUUUUCACAGAGAGAGCUCUGCUUUCUUUUUUUAUUCUUUUCCAACAUUCCUACCCAGGGUAACACUACCGUGCCUGUUUUUAAAAGAAUAAGAAAGAAAAAACAGAAUGAUAUUAUUAUGUUUAUAACGCGAGUAUGUAUGUGUGUAUGUAUGUAUGUAUGUAUG